AUGGCGAACGAAGAGUUAUGGGGGGAGUUUGCUGUCGGCGCCCUUUUCAUCUGCCUCCGGUUCUUCGCCCGGAUCAAGGUCGUGGGGGUGACCAAUCUUCAACUCGAAGAUCUGUUCAUGCUCAUCGCUCUGCUCGCGUACACGGCCGUCACAAUCAUGAUUCACCUCAUCACAGUCUACGGAAGCACAAUCGGGCAGACGCCCGAGUCGGUGUACCUCCUCCCCAAGGAGAUGGUCGCCAGCUUUGUCGUUGGGCAGAAGCUCACAUUUGCAGACUGGCUGGUUUACCUGGUGUACAUCUGGUCUCUGAAGGCGACACUGCUGGUCAUGUUUUCCAGGUUGACAAAGGGACUUCGCUUUGAAGAGAGGAUUUUGAAGGGUGUCAUUGGGUAUACAGCUGUGGCCUUUGUCGGAGCUGCAAUCUCGCACAUUUGCGUCUGUCUCCCAGUUCAUAAGUCGUGGCAGGUAGUGCCAUAUCCCGGAGAUGCUUGCGCCCUACGAAACUUGAACUACUACCUGGUCAGCUUCUUCAAUGCCAGUUCCGACCUGUGCAUCAUCGCUAUUCCGGUACCCAUCAUUUUCAAAGCCAAGAUCCCCGUGUGGCGACGAGCACUCCUAACGGUGCUCCUCUGCUCCGGCAUCUUCGUCGUCGUGGCCACCAUCCUCCGGUCGUACUACUCCCUAAAGUCCAUCACCACCCUCCCCGUCGCCGCAGGCUGGACCUCGCGCGAAACCUUUGUCGCCGCCGUCGCCGUCAGCAUCCCGGGCAUCAAGCCACUCUUCAGCCGGUCUAAAUGGUUCCGAUUCAGGUCCACGGGCGAGGGUGGAAACUACCAGAGCGGGGGCAAGGGGAGCUCUCACGAGCUUCGGACGAUUGGAGGUAGUCUUCAGACACCGGGGUUCAUGUCGCGUAGCCAGGAUAAGGGCGGUUGGAGGGUUGACGGGAAAGAUCACCGGGGUACGAGACUGUCCUCGGAUGUCGGCAGCGAGGAGAUUAUCUUCUCUGGGCGAGAUCAGAGUCAGUCGUCGGUUCGGGCACCAGCACCGGCAUGA